GCAGCCAAUUAUUUGCGCUCUUCCCACUUCGACUUCAUCAUGCAGUUGAGCUCCCCUUCCAAGAGGUGCGGUGGGUGUUGUAGAGUAGGCUUGUAGCACGCACGCACCCGCGGUGGUUGGAACUGAUUCCAGAUCAACACAGCCACAACAAGCCUUGGCUGAUCGUGCAUAUGCCAGCGAAUCAUCCCCUAGGGGAAGGCCGGUGAUUUAAAGUAUUAUGCUGGAAACAGGGAAAGUGCGCAAACAAGGAAAGCGCGCGCUGGAAAGUGUCGAGACGUGAGAGGCGCUUUCCCUGAGCUAGACUGACGACCCGCUUCACAACCUGAUAAUCUAACAACAACCCCUUCGUUCUGACUUCGUCUUCUUCUGCCAUUGAUUCUCUGGCGUGCGACUGAGUCUUUUGUACCAGCAAAGCUCACUUCCGGAGCCUCACCGUGCUGCUACGCGCGGAGACCAACAAACGCAGCCGUCAGCAAAUAACGAGACCUACGAAACAUCAUGACAACACGACCCAAGCCCCGCCGCGGAAGCCGUCAAUCAACGAGCCCAUAUUCGCACGAGCCAAAGCCUCGUCAAGAGCGUGAAGAUGGCAGACUGCCCGAGUACAACCAUAACGGACACGCAGUAACUCCUGGUAUCAAACCUGCUGGCGAGAGUGGAAGACGCGGUUUCCACCCUCUCCACUUCUUCAAAGUCUGCUGGAACAGUUCGUGCACCGCCUCCAAAUAUGUGAACGUACUCUGGCCAUUCGUUCCCGCUGCCAUCGCCCUGCACUUCGCAAGACCUCAGGAACACCUCUGGAUCUUUAUCCUUUCCUACAUCGCCAUGGUACCAUCUGCCAAUCUCAUCGGCUUUGCUGGUCAGGAGCUUGCUAGGAAACUGCCUACUGUCUUUGGUGUUGUCCUCGAAACCACUCUCGGCUCCUUGGUCGAAAUCAUUCUCUUCAUCGUUCUACUCAAGCUUAACGGAGGAGACGGCUCAGGCGUCCCUAUCAUCCAAGCUGCAAUUCUCGGUAGUAUCCUUGCAAACCUGUUGCUUUGUAUCGGUCUUUGCUUCUUCUUCGGCGGUCUUCGUAGAGAGGAUCAAACCUUCCACGAUGUUGUCAGCGAUACUGGAAGCAAUCUGAUGCUAGUUGCCGGCAUGGCUCUUGUCAUUCCUGUCAUAUUCAGCAACGCUCUCACUGGUCGUGAGAACCUUACUGUCGAACGUCUCGAGGCCGAGGUCCUUCGAAUUUCUCGAGCCACUGCCAUCGUGCUUCUCGUGGCAUAUGCAGUCUACAUUUUCUUCCAGAUGAAGUCUCAUCACGGACUUUACGACGACAUUCUCGAGGCCGACGAAGAACAGGACGCUGACCGUCAUCGUGAUCUGGCCAAGCCAAAAUUGACUCUGACUGAGUCUAUCAUCGCUUUGGCUUUUGCCAUUACUUUCGUGUCAAUGAUGGCCGUCUUUCUGGUUCAGAAUAUCGAGUGGAUGGUUGAGCAUCGCCACGUCCCAGAUGCCUUCCUUGGUCUCAUUCUGAUUCCCCUUGUUGAAAAGGCUGCGGAACACAUUACUGCAGUCGACGAAGCCUGGGACAACCAAAUGAAUUUUGCUCUGUCGCACGUUCUGGGCGCAUCCAUCCAGACAGCAUUGCUCAACACGCCUCUAGUAGUUAUCGUCGGCUGGGGUCUGGGUAUCGAUAUGUCUCUGAACUUUGAGAUGUUCCACGCUGUUGUCUUAAUCCUCGCAAUUCUUGUGGUUGGCGGAUUCUUGCGGGAUGGCAAGUCCAAUUACCUCGAGGGCGCUUUGUGCUUCUUCGUUUAUGUGCUCAUUGCCGUCGCUGCCUUCUAUUACCCUAACCCCAUUCCCGGCCAAGAAGGCGAGGGCAGUAGCGAGUCAGCAGGAGAAGCGGCCGCCCGCUUUAGAUGAUGAGGUUUGAGCCCACAUAAUUCAUGUUUAUUGUUUAGCGUU